AUGCCUAGCGCUCCAGGUCCCGUCACAGCGAACCCUUUUGAGGAGCCCCAACGUCGUAUCAGCGAGUUCACUGCCAUGGAAAUUGCCACCCUUCAAGCUCGUCUCGACAGGAAACUCGGACCUGAAUACAUCUCCGCGCGACCUGGUGCCGCGGGGCAGAAAGUACACUAUCUCUCGGCGGAUAAGUGCAUCAAUCUUGCGAACGAGGUCUUUGGUUUCAAUGGCUGGUCCAGCUCGAUUCAGAAAAUUGACGUUGAUUUUGAUAUCGGCUACGGUCACAUCGAGAAUUGCAAGGGCAAAGCGGCCGCAUUCGAGAAAUCCAAGAAAGAAGGGACAACGGAUGCUCUAAAACGUACACUGAGAAACUUUGGAAAUGUUCUGGGCAACUGUGUUUACGACAAGGACUAUCUUUCAAAGGUUACCAAGAUCAAAGCUGCGCCUGCCAGAUGGGAUGUUGAUGAGCUUCACCGUCACCCUGACUUUGCGCCGAUCAAGAAAGAGCCUGCUCCACCAAAACGAGUCUUAGAGGAUGAUGACUUGCCUCCUCCACGUCCGUCUGAGCCUGCAAAAAGCAGCAUCACCAGUCACAUUGCUGCCUUCGACGGCGAUGGCGAAUUUGGAAGUAUGUCGUGA